GCACAUAUGAUGAAGAGUUCAAAGAUCAACUCAACAAGCUAGGCAAAUUGGAUGCAGAUGCUGCUAAGGACUUGAUUAGUAAACCACCUCGGGCAUGGUGUAGGGCCUACUUUGACACACAGUGUAAGAACACAAAGGUUGACAAUAACUUCACAGAAUCCUUCAAUGCUUGGAUUUUAGAAGCAAGAGGUAUGCCAAUUAUCAAAAUGUUGGAGGAAAUAAGGAUUAAGGUUAUGACUAGGUUGGCUGAAAAUGAAGACAAAGUUAGGCAUUGGAAAACUGAAUACAGUCCACAAUGCAUGAAGUUGUACAGUGAUUAUAGGGCAAUAGCACAUGGAUGCACUAUGAACUUUAAUGGUGAUUAUGGUUAUGAAGUGUCUAAAGGUGAUGAUAGGCAUACUGUGAACUUAGAGCAUAUUAGAUGCACCUGCAGAUUGUGGGACUUGUCUGGAAUUCCCUGCCCUCAUGCCAUUAAUGCAUUUAUGCAUAAGAAAGUUGUUCCAGAGAUACAAAUUCACUGGUUUUACAGUAAAGAAGCCUAUUUGCUGACAUACAAGCAUAAAAUACAACCUGUUAGAGGAAUACAACUUUGGAAUGUUGAUCCUGCUCAUGCAAUGGAACCACCUGAUAUGAUCAAAACGAUUGGAAGACCCAAGAAAAACUUCAAUUUUGAAUAUUUGAAAACUGAAACUGUUUCAGUUGUUGGGACUGCUAUGGCUUUUUAUGAGCCUGAAUUUGGUACGCAACCAUCUCAACAAUCUGCCUUUCAAACUCAAUUUGAUACUCAACAAUCAACAGCUUAUGGACCUGAUAUUGGUGAUGAUGAAGACCCAAUAUUGAGGCCAAAAACCGUCUCUGAAGCUGAUACAUUAUUGGCCAUGAGAAAGAGCAUAAUGACGUCAUCAACUGGUGGUAGAAGAAUUCAAUUCACCGGAGAUGCAACUGGGGUGUCAACUCCAACAAACUUGCCUUAUUCACCAACAAAGAUAACUUGGCGAGGAAAGGAAGCUAUUACAUGCAAUCAGUUACUAAAUGAAGCGAGGAAAAAACGUAUCAAGAUGAUGGCAAGAAAAGGGCAAGGAGAACCAGCCCCCGAUUCUUCUGAAAUAUGA